AUGAGUCAAAUUGAGGUUAUCAGUAGCGUCACUUCAACCCGCGCAGAUGGACACCCAGUGAAUCAUGAGACUGUUUCCAAAAAUGACCGUGUACCACAGCUAUCCACAGCGAACGGCUGGAAUGGGACAUCGAUAGAAGCCAAGGAUCCUUAUGCACUAAUGCGCGAUUGCAAUGCAAAUACUCGACUUACAGCGCAACAUUAUCUCUGGAAAGACCUGCUCGGAUUCCUGAUUCACCCUACUAUUGAUACUCGGGCUGUUGACUUGAAAGUCGCUGAUGUUGCUACUGGCAAUGGUAUUUGGCUUCACGAUUUUGCUCGUGGAAAACCAACGUCCACGGAGCUUCACGGCUUCGAUAUCAGCCUGGAUCAAGUUGGCCCUAAGCCAUGGCUACCAGCCAAUAUACAGAUGCAUGUCUGGAAUCUGUUUGAACAUGUGCCGGAGGAGUUCGUGGGCUAUUUUGACAUUGUGCACGUCCGUUUGAUCACAGUUGUUGUUAAGAAUAACGACCCGAGGCCGAUUUUAGCAAACCUGAAAAAGCUAUUGAAACCCGGUGGAUACCUUCAGUGGGAUGAGGUUGAUACCAUUGGAUGUUCAACCAAGACUGUGCCUGGAAAUUCGGCGUGUAACCUCGAUGCACUACAUUCCCAGCUCAGAGGUCAUGACACGUGGAAAUACAAGCUCACGCGAGUAAUGGACGAGAACGGAUAUAUUGACUCGAGGCUUUAUACCUUCGAGUACGGACUCGGAAUAGCCAGAUUCUGGAGUGAUUUAUAUAUGAGUACAUGGAAAGAGUUUGCAGGCAACGCACUGAGAACCCCGGAAGAAUCCAGGAGGUUGGAGCACAAUGCGAUGUUGGAGACUUUAAAUGGUGCUUCGAUCAUGGUCCCGAAAUUGGUAUGGGUGACUAAGAAGAUUGAUUGA